AGGCUCUUGCUAUGUAGUUUCCACACGCGGCCCGCUGGUGGAGGGUUGGACCUGGCCUAGCUCGUCAACUCUGUGGAUACUACAAGUUGUGACUCCACCCCCUGCUCCUCCGUGGAACUGCAGUUGUUGUUGGAAGAGAGAAAGAGGGAAGUAGUGACACACUGGCGGACAGUAGCUUACAGUAUCGUUUCAUCUCGGACAUAUACCCUCUGCUAAUGAACAAUACCCCGUUGUUUCGUCUUGGAGCACUCUGACAGGAUGGCAUCACAGGGGGGGGAGGAGCCUCCUCCAAGCGGAGGUCAACCAGAUAGUCGUCUAAAGAGCAAGAAGCCGCCCAGCCUUGUAAUAGCCAUCCCUCCGCCUGAGGAGAAUAUGUCCCACGGCCCUGCAAAACAGCCACUACGACCGUCCCUGAAGAAAAGCGCGGCUGGUCAAGCCAGCGGUUCUGUGUCUGAGAGCAUCAGCGGAGCCAGAGAUGGAGCAGGAGAUGGAGGCUUCUCAUUCAGAGACAGAAGGGCAAAGUUUGGAAGACAAACGUCGCUCUCACAAAGCAUCCGCAAGAAUACAGCCCAGUGGUUUGGGGUUGGGGAAGACUGUGAGACCAAGCAGCAGGUAUGGCACAGGAAGAGCCUGCGCCACUGCAGCCAGCGUUACGGCAAGCUAAAGGCCCAGUAUAGAGAGCCUGAGACAGCAUCCAGCUUCGACCAGGGCCUGGACUCACCAGCCACACACAAGAUGCCCAAGAUUGUGGAUCCCCUGGCACGGGGGCGAGCCUUCCGUUGCCCAGAUGAGAUGGACGGUCGAUCCCCCAGGACGCCCCACACCACUCAGGGGGGUCCUGUCACCCCGGGUGUCACCUCACUCAGCUCCUUCACCAGCCAGCGCUCCGGGUACAGCCGCUUCCCCAUGCGUAAGAGGGAGUCUGUCGCCCGCAUGAGCAUCCGAGCUGCAUCCAACCUGCUGAGGGGCCGUAGCGGCUUGGCAGGCUCUCAGACAGGUCGCAGUUUCCCUAAGAGGAGCUUUGUCCGGCCCAGCUGGAUGGACGAGGACACCGUGGACUCCGCAGACACGUCCGAGUCGCUCUUCUUCAGCAAGGUUGAUGUCCAUGAUGAGUUGUACUCUAUGGCUGAUGACGUAUUUGAAUCACCUCCCAUGUCUGCAGCUUUUGCUCCCUGUGAGCAGCCUGACCAGAAGUUCCCAAGCUUCCCCAGUAAGGAAAUAUCCCGAAAGCCCAGGACACCAACAGUAGCCCCCGAAAAGAAACACCCCCGCCGGGGUGGUCGUAUUGCCUCCCAAGUUAAGCACUUUGCAUUUGAUAAACACAAGCGUCAGUACGGCAUGGGCGUCGUUGGAAAGUGGCUGAACCGGCACUACCGACGCAGCCUCAGCAGCAACAUCCAGAAGCAGCUGGACGACUUCCACAGCCACAGGCCCUACUUUUCCUACUGGAUCACGUUUGUCCAUAUAGUAAUCACUUUGCUGGCCUGUUGUACAUAUGGUUUUGCCCCUGUGGGGUUUGCACAACAUUCUACGUCUGAACUGGUGCUGAAGAACAAAGGCAUUUAUGAGAGUGUCAAGUAUAUCCAACAGGAGAACUUCUGGAUUGGUCCGAGCUCUGAUGACCUGAUCCACCUGGGGGCCAAGUUCUCACCGUGCAUCCGUAAGGACACACAGAUAGUCAGUCUGAUCCAGAAGGCCAAAGACUUGGAGAGAGCGUCCGGCUGCUGUGUACAGAAUGACAACUCUGGAUGCGUGCAGACCCUCAGCUCCGGCUGCUCCGAGACGCUGGCCACCUUUAUUAAAUGGACGAAUGAGCAAGUGGACAUCAGCAGGUCCUCCGGUUCUGUCUGUCACCAGGAUCCCAGAGUGUGUGAAGAGCCUGCCUCUGCAGAGCCUCAUACGUGGCCGGAUGACAUCACCCAGUGGCCAGUGUGUACUUACCCAAAGAAGUGGAACCACACAGGUUACAGACACAUGGACUGUAACAUCAAGGGACGGCCUUGCUGCAUAGGAACUAAGGGCAGAUGUGAGAUCACGACCAGAGAGUAUUGCCUUUUCAUGCAUGGUUACUUCCACGAGGAUGCCACACUCUGCUCACAGGUCCACUGUCUGGAUGAUGUGUGCGGCUUGUUGCCUUUCCUCAAUCCUGAUGUUCCUGAUCAGUUCUACCGUCUCUGGCUCUCUCUCUUCCUCCAUGCUGGGCUGUUACACUGCCUGGUGUCGGUGGUGUUCCAGAUGACCAUACUGAGAGACCUGGAGAAGCUGGCAGGUUGGGUCCGCAUCUCCAUCAUUUAUAUCCUCAGUGGUAUCACUGGAAACCUGGCCUCCGCCCUGUUCCUGCCCUACAGAGCUGAGGUGGGUCCAGCAGGGUCUCAGUUUGGACUCCUCGCUUGCCUUUUUGUAGAGCUGUUUCAAGGUUGGCAGAUUCUGGAGAAGCCAUGGAAAGCCUUUGUCAAGCUAUUGGGCAUCGUCCUCUUCCUCUUCCUGUGCGGCCUCCUGCCGUGGAUUGACAACAUCGCCCACAUCUUUGGUUUCCUCAGCGGCUUGCUGCUCUCCUUCGCCUUCCUGCCCUACGUCACCUUCGGGACCUUUGACAAGUACCGAAAACGUAUCCUCAUUGCUGUCUCUAUGUUGGCCUACAUCGGGCUGUUCUCUUCCCUCAUCGUUUGGUUUUAUAUUUACCCGAUUAACUGGCACUGGCUGGAGCAUCUCACCUGCCUACCUUUUACGAGCAAGUUCUGUGAAAAGUAUGACAUAGACCAUAACAUUGACAAUGUGGUGCACUAGUCUCUAGGCUACUGAUUUUCUAUCUUCUUGCCAAUGAUCGGGUCAGCUGUUUCCAGGUCAACUCGGUGGCUUUAAGUAUGUGGCAAUCGUAUUUUUUAUUAUUCGCUCAUCAAAGGACCUGAUCAAAGUCCAUUUGCAUAGAACUGAAUCAGUCUCUUCUCAGCCUGCUGACUUGUUCACUUCCGUAAAACUUUACUCAACCUUUUUAAUCCUCAGUCAAGUCUGGCACUUCUUAGCAUGUUAAUUUGCUAAUGGGCUCCUUGGAAUCGGAGGACAGGAAAAGAUACUCAGGACGUCAAAACUGCAUAGAGCUGGGUGGACCUAAAGGAAGAGAUCUGCAGAGCAAGAGACUGUCUGGUUCCUUCAGUUCAAAGUCACAUCAAUCUAAAGAAGCCAAAUGAAAUCACCUCUGGCCUAUGAUCUUGUUUCCCUUUAACUCUAUGGAUGACAAACCGCUGAAAUGAAAAGGAAGACUGAUGCCAUGGUGGGUCAUCUGGUAUCCUGUGGCCCAGUGAACUAAGAUACAUCAGAUGCCUCCUGCCACUGAUUCAUGUUUUCAGGGGUUAAACACUACAAACGCUGUCAUUUAGUUCUGCUGCUUCUGUAUGUUUUAACAGUCGUGAAAUGCUUUCUGAGUUAAAAACUUCGCUCUUUUGUAUGUAUGCACUUGGCAUGUCACUAUUAUUUGGAGCCGUGAAAUGUUGUACAAAAGGUAACAAUGUGUUCCAAGUAUUAACUGUGCAGUUGGAAUAGUUAAAGUGAAAUAUCAGUGGUCAACUAAGGUAAGAUUUCUAUCUAGAACCACUAGUUGCCUUACACAGACUAUGCCAUUUUACAAAGAUGCCUCAUUUAACUUAAGGGAAAUGCUCAUAAUCAACUUUCUGAAUCUGUUGAACACCUUUCUGACCCGAAACCUACCAAAGCAACUACACAUGCUGCUUAUAUAUGCAUGUUGUUCUUCACAAUCACUUAGUUUUCUGUACGUCGCUGCCACAAAAACAAGUUCUCAGUCAAGCUCUAAUUGUCUCAUAUUUGUCCGCUAACAUAGCGGUGCCAAAACCAUUUUGUUGAUUUACUCUAAAAAAUAAUAAAUAAUAUUUAUUCCAGGAUUCAUUAUCUAUACAGGCGUUGUGUUAGAUCAGAGUAAGUUUUGUACUGUAUUUUAUGACUCUGUAAAAGCAAAUUGUCAUAGAAUCACAAGAUGUCAUUUAUGUUUCACCUGAGCCAGACAUAGGAUUUUCCUCAAACAGGCACAUUCAGACAAAACUUGGACAAAGUCUUGUCCCUUACAUUUACUCUUCUCCCACACAUUUCUAAUUGUCUGGACGCUAGCAGCCGAUUGCUUGGGUUGUGGUCAUUGACCCACAGUAGAUUGUUGCUGUUGUGGUGGGUCCCUGACAAUGUGAGAAGUGUUUUUAAGAAGUCGUAACACCUGAAGUGAAAGAUUUCUCCCAUGAGUUCCUGGCUUUUGUCUUAGAUGGAGUUUGUUGUUGUGUGUGUGACUCUGGCAUGUGUUGACCUCAGCUGUUAGGAAAGCCACCGUCAUGACUGUUGUUUGGAGGAUUAUAUGAGUUAAGUGAGUUAUGAGCUUAUGUGAGAUUGUAUGUGGGGCUGACCCACUGAUCAUCUUGUGGAGUUGUUAAAUACAGAAUAGGUUGUAUGUUGGACAAUUCAAAUGUUUGAAUCAGUUUCAACUCCACUGUAUUGAGAUUGUAAAGGCCAUCUGUUUAAAAUAGGAAUCUGCCUUCACACUGUAAUAGUAAGUGUGAAUAAUGACAUCCACCUCGUUUUAGGAAACCUCUUUACUGUGCCUUUCAACAUGUGAGUGUUUGAUCUAAACCGCAACAACCCACAUCUUCAGUCAUGACUGUAUGCACAGUUUCACUGCUGUGUUUGCAUCGGGACCAAAUCAUUUCACUCUUUUCUAUUUAUUGGUAUACAAAGGGAACGUUUAAAAUGAAUUUUAGUACAUGGACAAGGUACUGUUAUGUUUUGCUUCAGUUUUAUAUGUGAAAUUCUGUGCAUUAAUGCAGUCAUGUCAAAAUAAAUGCCACUCUAGCAAAUUGAA